CAUAUGAAUAAAGAAGAAUAAGCUUUCUAUUCCCUUUCAGAACAAACAAAACCAUAAAAGAACCCAAUUGUGAGAGAAAUCGAGGAAGAAGAAUCUAACAAGCAAAUGCAAAUGGUGAGACAAAUCGUCUUGUCUGUGUUGGGAAAAAUUUCCAAUCUUCUUGUCCAAGAGUCAGAUUCAUUGCUUGGAUUCGAAGAUCAAAUUCAAUGCAUCGAGACGCAAUUGAGAAAAAAAGUUGAUGAUUGUGACAAUUUGGUCGGAAGCCAGGGCUUCGUAGAAACUAUUUACGAUCUUGAAGAUGUGAUUGAUGAGUUAAUUAUCAAAUCAGCCCAGAGAAGCAAUAGAGAUGCUAGCUUUCUGUGUGUUUUGGCCUUCGUUCCUCUGCCAAUGUGUUUCUUUUAUAUUCUGGCUCUUGUCGAUUUGCUAGAUCAUUACAGACUUCGUAAGAGAGUGGAACAGAUUAAGAUUAACAUUGAGGCAUAUGAUGCAUUCUUUAAAUCUGGUCUCUGGUACGACUCCUUUGGCUUAUACGAAGUGGGUGUUGGCUACUCUGUAAUUUCUCCAGUUAUAGGUUUGUUUGAGGCCUUAGCCACUCGGAAUGAGCUUCGUCCUACUGUGCGAAGGCAAGCCAGGAGGUUAAGAGACGAAUUCAAGUCUUUGCAGGAUUUUCUAAAGCAUGUUGAACAAUUAAAAGAAUUAAGUGAAGCGGGAAUGGCGUGGAUGGAGGAACUUUGCGAUGUUUGUCGCUCAGCUGAGAAUUUUGUUGGGCUCUUCUUGCAACGGAUGAAGAACGAGAAGAGAGGACCUUUACAAAACUUGGUCUGGGCUCCCCAGAAUUUCAUUUCCCAGCAUAAGCUUCUCCAGCAGAUGGCCCGGAUGAAUGAUAAGAUCCUUGAUAUUUCGAAUAGAGGAUAUGAAGCCAUUCCAAGUUUACUGUCAUGGAGUAAUUACGAAAAUUUACAUCAACGGGAAGAACCACCUCCUCGUGAUGCUGAUCAACUUGAUAUGGUUAGCUUCGAUGAGGAUGUUGAUGCAGUUAUGCCACAGCUGCUGAAAGAUGACCCUCGCUGCAUCACCAUUUCAAUUGUGGGCGUUGGAGGCAUUGGCAAGACAUGCCUUGCAAAGCUAAUCUAUGACAGCCAAGCUAUUGCAGAUCAUUUUCCUUAUCGUAUUUGGGUGUCUGAAAAAAGAGAGGUAGAAAUCAUGAAAAAGAUUUUGGGAUUUGAUGACAGUUCGGGAUUAUAUUAUGAUCAUCGUAAUGAAACGAAGGAAAGCUAUGCAUUUAGGUUGAGGCAGAUGGUUAAUGCUUUCUUUGCGGAUAAGAAGCAUCUCAUUGUGGUCAAUAACUCUUAUCCAAGCCAAUUCUGGAGAGUAAUGGGAAGUGCAUUCUCUGAAAUAUCAAACGGAACUCGAAUAUUGUUCUCUGUACGCCGCCUAAAUCGGGCUCCACCAGUUACCGAUACAAACCUUAUUUACAGACUACAUCUGCGAAGCGAUGAUGAAAGCUGGGCUUUGUUCAAACAUGAGUUGAAUAUAAGCAUCGCGUCAAAGUUGGAAUCAAAUUUGAAAGAAAUUAUAUUAAGAAAAUGUGGAGGACUGCCAAAGGUGAUUGUGAAACUGGGAGAACUAGUGUCACAAAGAGACCCAACCCCUGAGGAGUUGUCAAGGAUGCUUGACCAACUAAAUCAAAAUGAAGGACCAUGGUCUGAAGUCUUGGAAGAUAUAAACAAAUAUUUGCCUUUGUAUUUAAGGCGAUGCCUUUUUUAUUUUGGAUUAUUUCCACCCGAUUAUAAGAUACCUGCAAGAAGAUUGAUUGGCUUGUGGGUUGCGGAGGGUUUGGGACGUCAACAAGGUGAUGAGAAAACUCCUGAAUAUGUCGUAGAGGAAUGCUUGAGAGAGUUGGUGAACCAUAACAUGUUACAGGUGACACAGAAGAAGCUCAAUGGGAAGAUCAAGACGUGUCGCCUACCUGAGGCAGUGCGAGUACACUGGUUUGCAAAAGCCCAGCAAGCUAAUUUUCUCCAAGGUCACACCAACAUCACUAGUGUGAUACGCCGUCUUGCUGACCAUGUCGACGAAAACGAUGCUAUCUUUGAUCACAUCCAUGGUAACGAUACUGCUUCUCUUUACCCUUGCUAUAGUGAUGUUGUCUCGUUUUUAUCCUUUGAUACUCGAGAAGGGAGCAAAGCUGGAGAAGUUAUAGGGAAAUUUCUUGAUCGAUGUAUCUCCAGCAAUUGCUUCCAUUUCCUAUGGGUGUUGGAUCUUGAAAAUGUAUAUAAGCCAAAACUGCCCAAGGCAAUAGGUCAACUUACUCGGUUAAAGUACCUAGGUUUGAGAUCCACUUACUUAGAGAUACUUCCUGAGUUCAUUGACAAGUUGAUAAACCUUCAAACUUUAGAUUUGAAGCGAGCUCACAUUUGUACUCUUCCCAAUAUAAUCUGGAAUAUGCUGAAACUAAGGCAUUUAUUUCUUGAUGAGAGUUUUCGCAGCACGUUCGUCUGGGAAGGGGGCCGUUCUCCAAUGGAUCUUCAAACGCUUUGGGGCAUAUUCGUUGAUGAGGAUAGUCUUGUAAGAAAUGGGCUGGAUACUUUGUUGACUAUUACAAAGUUGGGACUGAUUUGCAAGAUAUCAAGACCAUUCCAAAAGACGGCAAUGUCCGAGCAACUGGAUGUUGUGGCAAAUUGGGUUCAAAAUUUAAAAAACCUUCGAUCCCUGAUGUUGAAAUCAUUUGAUGAAUUAAAUCAGCCCUGGGAUCUGCACUUGGAGUCUUUAUCGAGCCAUGUUGAUCUCACCAGCAUAUAUUUGACUGGAAAGCUAAAGAACCAGCAUCUGGUUUCUGAGUUCCCUCAGAACCUCGUUGAACUCACCUUGUCAGCUUCUGGACUGGCAGAGGAUCCCAUGCAAAUACUGGACAAGCUUCCCAACCUUCAAAUUUUGAUACUGAUGUCCAAAUCAUUUACAGGAAAGAAAAUGUUUUGCAGUUUUGGAGGAUUUCCUAAGCUUGAAGUCCUUAAAUUCAAGAAGCUGGAGCCACUGGAGGAAUGGAAUGUGGAGAAAGGAGCACUGCCUAGUCUGAAAAGCUUGGAGAUCGAUGAAUGUAGAAAUUUAAUGAUGCUUCCCGAUGGGCUGCGGCAUGUUAGGACGCUCCGUGAAUUAAAAAUAACAAAAUUGCCAGUGUUAUCAUCAAGGAUCAAGGGCAAUCAGGGUGAGGAUUGGAAUAAAAUUGCUCAUGGGUGUCAUGUCCUCAUAGAAGAUUGAUAAUGCUGAGCAAAACUCAACUAUAAUGAGCAUGAUUUGUCAUCCAGGCCUAAUGGUUGGAAGUAGUUCGUGCAACUGAACGGAGAAAGCUGAUUCUGACGCAAGGAAGGUUAAUGCUUCUGUUUUUCUUUUUUUCCGCUAUGAUUCUGUUUAGCGGCGGAGCUUGCUUCCGUUACACUAUAAGGUCUUGUUACUUAGCUAUAUUGUUGUUAUUACCAUAUACGCUAAAUUUAACUUCAUGAUGUUAUUGCUACUGUCAGACAUUAGAACUUUAUUCAAAUAAUGAUAUGGAUAUGAAUGAUAUGGAGUUGGAGUGGUCAAGAAGGAUCAUACUAUGGCCUUAAUCCACUA